AUAUGGAAUCCAACACAUGUCAGUUAUCCAAGUAGUGCUAAGGCUUCCUGGAGGACAAUGUCUGCCUACAGCGCACUGCAAUGCGUCUGGUGACAAGACAGGCAAAAUCCAAACAGUUACUAGGUACCAUGGACUGAUAAACCAAGGAGCAACAUGUUACCUCAACAGUGUGCUGCAGGUGCUGUUCAUGACUGAAGACUUCAGAGAAGCUGUGACAAGGUUCUCUGAUGAAAGUCCUCACAGUGAAUUAAUUGAUCAUCAUCUUAAAGGCUUGUUUGAUAGCUUGCAGAAAGAUACAGCAAACACAUUUGAAAUAACAAAGAAGCUGGGCCUCAACAAUGUAAAUGAACAGCAUGAUGCUGCAGAGUACUUUGACAGGGUUUUAAACCUGACCAGUCCUGGGGCAUCAGAGAGUAAGCUGAUAAAGCACCAUCCAGAUGUUUUGAUUCUGCUGCUGAAGAGGUUUCCCUCCAACUAUAAACACAUAUCACGUGUUAAAAACAACAGUACUGUGAAAAUACCCUAUAGCCUGCAGAUAUCAGAGAGUAAGUCAUAUGAACUGUAUGCAGUUGUGGAUCAUAACACACAAGGUGGACAUUACACUGCAACAAUCAAGGUUCCGAAUGAAGACAGAUGGUAUAACUUUGAUGAUACCAGUGUCACACUGGUUAAUAAAAAGAUGUUUAAAGAGGAUAACAGUGAGAGAUCCCCGACUGCAAAUCUUCUGGUUUACAGGAAGAAAAAAAGAUGUCAGGGAUAUGUCCACCAGUGGAAGCUUCCAAUUCACUACUAG